UCGUCGGUUCUCUAACAUCCAAACCGGAAAGAAUCGGUUCGGUUUAUCUGAGAAAGGUGUUCAACCCACCAGUGGAGAGAGCAGAGAGCAGGGAGCAGGGAGCAGGCACCAAUGUCCGGCGAAAGCAUCUGCAAACAGUGAAAGAAGCCCCUCAGUUAUUCCGUCUCUCUCGGCCGCCGCGCCGCCCAUUGGAGUUUCUGAUUCUUCUUCAUCUUUCUAGUCAGUACAUUCCAUCCGUGUACGUGGAAAGCAGAGUACUCUUUCCUUCAUUGCAGUUGUUUUAGGCUUAACUAUUCCACACGAUGCUUUCGAGUUCCUCGAUGACUUCACCUAGCCGCCCAAAUUAUGUAUUAGUUUCGGAUAUUAUACGUACACCUUCUCUAUCUUCGCAAAGGAUUAAAGCUCUAAGCUGGUUUGUUGAUUCAAACAUCAUCCCAUCUUAUAGUUUCCCUUCACUGCUAAAAAUGGCCAAACAACCACAGCGCAAGAAUCACACCCUACACUGCUCCGCAUCAUUUCAUUCUACUGAGACUCUUCCCCGGAAAGAUGAAAUUGCUGUUCAUGGAGUUUCUGAAAAAAUUGUUGGUGUCCUAGGAGGGGGCCAACUGGGUCGUAUGCUUUGUCAAGCAGCCUCCAAAUUGUCCAUCAAAAUCGCAAUUCUCGACCCACUUGUAAACUGCCCUGCUAGUUCGUUAGCUUACUAUCACAUGGUUGGUGACUUUGAUGAUAGUAAUACUGUCCAAGAAUUUGCUAAGAGAUGUGAAGUCUUAACAGUUGAAAUUGAACACGUUGAUGUGGCCACACUAGAGAUUCUCGAGGAGCAAGGAAUUGAUUGUCAACCGAGAGCAUCUACCAUCCGUAUAAUUCAGGACAAAUAUCUCCAAAAAGUUCAUUUUUCUCAGCAUGGAAUUCCAUUGCCCGAGUUUAUGCAGAUCGAAGAUCUUGAAGGUGCAAAGAAAGCAGGUGAUAUAUUUGGUUAUCCUCUCAUGAUUAAGAGCAAAAGAUUUGCUUAUGAUGGACGAGGAAAUGCUGUUGCGAAAAGUGUGGAGGAGCUUUCUUCUGCCAUUUUUGCUCUGGGUGGAUUUGAGCGUGGCUUAUAUGUCGAGAAGUGGGCACCUUUCGUGAAGGAACUGUCAGUUGUUAUUGCAAGAGGUAGAGACAACUUCAUGGCAUGCUAUCCUGUUGUUGAAACUAUUCACAAAGAAAAUAUUUGUCACAUCGUCAAAGCUCCAGCUAGUGUGUCAUGGGAGAUCAAGAAACUUGCAACCGAUGUUGCAUUCAAAGCUGUUAGCUCUCUGGAAGGUGCUGGCAUUUUUGCUGUAGAGUUGUUUUUGACAGAAGAUGGUCAGAUUUUACUGAAUGAAGUGGCACCUAGACCUCAUAAUAGUGGUCAUCACACAAUUGAGUCUUGCAAGACCUCUCAAUAUGAGCAGCAUUUGCGGGCAGUCCUUGGUCUUCCCCUUGGCGAUCCAUCAAUGAUAACUCCAGCUGCUAUUAUGUAUAAUAUUCUAGGUGAAGAUGAGGGGGAACCUGGUUUUUAUUUAGCUCAUCAACUGAUGCAAAGGGCAUUGAGUAUAUCUGGAGCUUUUGUUCAUUGGUAUAAUAAAUCGGAAAUGAGAAAGCAAAGAAAGAUGGGUCACAUCACGAUUGUUGGCCGGUCUAUGAGUGUUGUUGAAAACUUAUUAUCAUUCACGCUUGAUGAAGCUUCUGAAAAACCUGCAGUUGAACGCCGUGUUGGAAUCAUAAUGGGCUCGGAUUCAGAUUUUCCUGUAAUGAGAGAUGCUGCAAAGGUCCUUGACACAUUUGGUGUGCCUUACGAGAUAAAGAUAGUUUCUGCACAUCGAACCCCUGCUUGGAUGUUUUCUUAUGCCUCAUCUGCUCAGGAGAGAGGGAUCCAGGUUAUCAUUGCUGGUGCUGGGGGUGCAGCCCAUUUACCAGGUAUGGUUGCCUCACUUACGCCGUUGCCUGUUAUUGGUGUCCCUGUGCGUGCUUCGACAUUGGAUGGACUUGAUUCACUUCUGUCAAUUGUGCAGAUGCCGAGGGGAGUUCCGGUGGCUACUGUUGCAAUCAAUAACGCAACCAAUGCUGGUUUGCUGGCAUUAAGGAUGUUGGGGGUGGCAGACACGGAUCUACUCUCAAGGAUGAGCCAAUUUCAAGAAGACACCAAGAAAAGUGUAUUGAGCAAGGCAGAAAACUUAGAAAAAGGUGGUUGGGAUGUGUAACCUUUACCCAAAAACCAUCAAUUCAAAAGAGCAAAGUAACUUUGCUUAGCCAUUUCUAUUUCGACUCUGCAUACAUUCAAUAGAAUUCCUGUAAGCAGCAGGAAGUGUUUUUGAGAAGUGACGAGGAAAAUAAAUUAAUUUAGUUCAGGCAGCUAUUGAGGCUAUGUAUGUUUACGGCUAAUGUAGUUUCCUAGUCCACAACUUUACAGAUCAUUUAUCCUCUGAAUACGAAUUUUUAUCUUAGGGAA